AUGGGAAACCUGAAACCUAAGUUGCUUGACAAUCAACUUGAGACUUACAUUCUUGAUAUGAGAUCUCAUGAAGAGUUCUUAAACCUAGAAAGUAUCAGAGAUUUUUCUCAGAAGUUGGUUGCCACAAGGAGGCAUAUUGUGUAUCCAAUGGGUUACUUACUUAUGAAGUUAGCAUUGAUAUUACCAGUUGCAACUGCAUCAGUGGAGAGAAUUAUUUUAGCGAUGAAAAUUGUGAAGAACUGCCUCCGUAAAAAGUUGGGGGACUCUGGGAUGAACAAUUGUUUGAGGAAAGAGGCCCACAAGAUCCCCACGGCUACGAAGCAGAACAUCCAGGCAGUUGCUCUUCACGAAGGUGACUGGCACGACCAUGGAGCUAUCAAGAUCUGGAACUACACCGUUGAAGGAAAAUCAGAAACGUUCAAGGAGAAGGUGGAGUUUGAUGAUGCAAACAUGACUUUCACCCUUCAUGGCAUCGAGGGAGAUGUUUAUGACGAGCACAAGGUGUUCAGGCCUAUAUGCAAGGUUGCCCCGAAAACCAAGGGCUGCGUCGCGAAGUUAGCCAUAGAGUAUGAGAGGGUGAACGAGGAUGCACCGAUUCCCAACAAGUACAUGGAUUUCUUUGUAAGCUUUACUCAGGAUAUCGAUGCCCAUGCCUACGCCGCAUCAACAUGAGAGAGGAGGGCGAAUCAGUUUCAAAAUCCGUGUUUUAGGUGGUUGUAAUGUUCUCUAUAUUGCUCGAAAAGGACAACGUUGUAUUAUGAAUCUAUUGUGUCAGGGAUGUUUCUCUGCCUACCUUGUAUCCGCUGUAAGUACCUCCACGGAGUGUAUCAGCACUACUGUAAAAUAACUGAAAGCUGUCUACGGCAGCUUUCUAUGCGCU